AUGGCAAGUGAAGAGCAGAAGAUGGAUGAGUUAGCUAACAAAGUAGAAAACAAUGUUCAUCUCCAAGAAUCCCCAGAUCUCCCACAAGAAAUCAUCCUUGAUAUUCUCCUGAGGUUGUCGGUCAAGUCACUCCUACGAUUCAGGUGCGUUUCCAAAUGCUGGCUUUCUUUGAUCUACAGUCCUCAAUUCAUCAAAACCCAUCUCGAGUUUUCAAAGAAAUUUGGGCCCAAACGGCUUGCUCUCAUGGCCACCCGGUUUGGUCAACCCGAGAUCUCUUCUACUUACUCCAUAGUUUGUGAAAAUUCUUGUAUUGUCAGAGUAGUUGAGCUCAACCACUUUCAGAAAACUGCUGAUAUACCUUUGCUCUGCAUUCUGGGUUCCUGCAACGGAUUGCUGUGUCUGUUGACCUCGUAUAAACUCUUGAUCUGGAACCCGUCCACGAGACAAACAAGCAUAAUAGAUGACCCGGUUUAUGAAUUUAAAGAUGUUGGGUAUGUAAGAUAUGGAUUUGGGUACGAUGAGUCCCAUGACGAUUAUAAACUGGUGAAGAUAUUCGGUUCCCCGCCUCCUAUUGAUGAUCCCGACGGCAUGUUUGAAAACACCAUUAUGGUUUGA